AUGGGCUCCUCACAAAAAGACCGCGGCGUGCGCAUCGCCAUCGACAGAGGCGGCACCUUCACAGACUGCGUCGGCAACUAUAACGGCGAGGACAUUGUCAUCAAGCUUCUCUCAGUCGACCCAGCCAACUACGAUGAUGCGCCCCUCGAGGGUAUCCGGCGCAUCAUGUCGCACUUCCUCAAGAAGGAGAUUCCCCGUGGACAGCCAUUAGACACGGCCAACAUCGAUUCCAUCCGCAUGGGCACAACAGUCGCCACUAACGCCCUCCUGGAAAGAAAGGGCGAGAAGAUUGCCAUGGUUGUUACCAAGGGCUUCAAGGACUGUCUCGUCAUCGGCAACCAGUCGAGGCCCAAGAUCUUCGACCUGGCUAUCCGCAAGCCCGAGGUGCUAUACUCAACCGUCGUGGAAGUGGAUGAGCGUGUUACGCUGGAAGACUACGCCGAGGAUCCAGAACGCCAUAUCACCAAGGUGGACGUCAAGGCUGGGACCGCCGAAGCCAAGGACGCCGACCUCGUCAUGGGUCUAUCAGGAGAAGCCGUCCGGAUUCUUCAGCGGCCAGAGAAGGAGACCAUCCGCGCCAAGCUCCAGGAGAUCUACGACAGCGGCAUCAGGAGCAUAGCAGUAUGCCUGAUGAUGGCCUACACCUUCCCCGACCACGAGGCUCUCGUCGGCGAAGUCGCCCGCGAGAUCGGCUUCACCCACAUCUCCCUCAGCCACGAGCUCAUGCCCAUGAUCAAGCUCGUCUCGCGCGCCACUUCGGUUUGCGCAGACGCCUACCUCACACCCGCCAUCAAGAAGUACAUCUCCGGUUUUCAAAAGGGCUUUGCCGGUGGUCUGGGCACUAAGGGCGUCAAGGAGUCGGGAGGAGAAGCCGGUAAAGGUGCUCGCUGCGAGUUCAUGCAAUCCGACGGUGGUCUCGUUGACGUCGACAAGUUCACCGGUCUCAAGGCCAUCCUGUCCGGCCCGGCCGGCGGCGUGGUCGGCUACGCCAUCACCUCGUACGACGAGAACACCAAGAUCCCCGUCAUCGGCUUCGACAUGGGCGGCACCAGCACGGACGUGUCCCGCUACGGCGAGGGCCGGUACGACCACACCUUUGAGACCACCACGGCCGGCGUGACCAUCCAGUCGCCCCAGCUGGACAUCAACACCGUUGCUGCCGGCGGCGGUUCCAUGCUCUUCUUCCGCAACGGCCUGUUCGUCGUCGGCCCGGAGUCGGCCAGCGCUCACCCCGGUCCUGCGUGCUAUCGCAAGGGCGGCCCGGCGACCGUUACUGAUGCGAACUUGUUCCUGGGGAGACUCCUGCCCGAGUUCUUCCCCAAGAUCUUUGGCAAGAACGAGGAUGAGGGUUUGGACCCGGAGGCUAGUAGGAUCAAGAUCCAGAAGCUGGCGGACCAGAUCAAGGCUGAGACGGGCAAGGAGAUGGAUCUUGAUGAGGUCGCUUACGGGUUCCUGACUGUGGCUAAUGAAACCAUGACCCGGCCGAUCAGGAGUAUCACUGAGGCCAAGGGUCACGAUACUUCCAAGCACCGUCUUGCUACCUUUGGUGGUGCCGGUGGUCAGCAUGCUGUAGCUAUUGCUGAGUCAUUGGGCAUCAAGCAGAUCCUCAUCCACCGAUAUUCCUCCGUCUUGUCGGCUUACGGCAUGGCUUUGGCCGAUGUUGUCGAUGAGCGCCAGGAGCCUGACUCCUCUGUCUGGAAGGUCGACGAUCAGUCCGUCAUCCAGGGGCUCAAGGACAAGAUGGAGGCUCUCAAGGAAAAGUCCCGCCAGGCUCUGCGGGACCAGGGCUUCGAGGACGACCAGAUCGUGUUCGAGGAGUACCUUAACAUGCGCUAUCGCGGAACUGAGUCGGCGCUGAUGAUCAUCAAGCCGACUGCCGAGGACGCUGAGAAGCACUACAACGGCAGCGACUGGGACUUUGCCAGCGCGUUUGUGCGCCACCACAGAUAUGAGUUCGGCUUCACGCUGGAGGAGCGCGACAUUGUGGUUGAUGAUGUCCGUGUCAGAGGCAUUGGCAAGAGCUUCCGUUACGAGGAGAAGAGCGUGGACGAGCAGCUCAAGACGGUGCAAAAGAAGGAUGUGAAUGUUGCGAACAAGCACAGCGAGGCCAAGGUGUACUUUGAGGGUGGACGCAUGGAUACGCCCAUCUACAAGCUUAGCGAUCUGAGUGUGGGCACUGUGAUCAAGGGCCCGGCCAUGCUGGCUGAUGGAACGCAGACUAUUGUGGUCCCGCCCAAGAGCACUGCGCUAGUGCUGGAGACUCAUGUCGUGGUUGAUAGUGAGGAGACGGACAAGAGCAAGGAUGAGAAGGGCGAUGGUGAGCGCGAGGUUGAUCCUAUCAUGCUUAGUAUCUUUGGCCAUAGGUUUAUGGCUAUUGCUGAGCAGAUGGGCAUGGCUCUUCAGAAGACCAGUGUCAGCACUAACGUCAAGGAGCGUCUUGACUUUUCGUGCGCCAUCUUUGAUGCUAACGGUGGUCUCGUUGCCAACGCUCCUCAUUUGCCCGUCCACUUGGGCUCCAUGUCCACCUGUGUUCGCCGCCAAGCAGAAAUUUGGAAGGGUAAGCUACGCAAGGGCGAUGUCCUCAUGACUAACCACCCUUCAUAUGGCGGAACUCACCUUCCCGACGUCACCCUAAUCAUGCCUGCCUUCAACCAAGCCGGCGAUAAGGUUCUCUUCUACGCCGCCUCGCGUGCUCACCACGCCGACAUUGGCGGUAUCACCGCCGGCAGCAUGCCUCCCCACUCCCGCGAGCUCUACCAGGAAGGCGCCGCCGUCAAGAGCGAGAAGCUGGUCUCGGAGGGCAAGUUCAACGAAGACCGUGUCAUCGAGCUCUUCCACAAGGAACCCGCCAAGUACCCCGGCUGCAGCGGCACUCGCUGUCUCGCCGACAACAUCAACGACCUGCGCGCCCAAGUCUCGGCCAACCAAAAGGGCAUCUCCCUCAUCGAGACCCUGAUCGCCGAAUACGGCGAAGACACGGUGCAGUUCUACAUGGUCGCCAUCCAGAACAACGCCGAGCAACAAGUCCGCAACCUCCUGCGCACCGUCCACAAGCGCUUCCAAGGCCAGGAACUCUCCGCCAUCGACUACAUGGACGACGGCAGCCCGAUCCAGCUCAAGGUGACCAUCGACCCGGACGCAGGCGAAGCCGUCUUCGACUUCGCCGGCACCGGCCCGGAAGUGUACGCCAACAUCAACGCGCCCGAAGCCAUCUCGUACUCGGCCAUCAUCUACACCCUCCGCUGCAUGAUCUCGGAGGACAUCCCGCUGAACCAGGGCUGUCUGGUGCCCGUGACCGUCAAGAUCCCGCCCAAGUCUCUGCUGUCCCCCUCGGACAACGCCGCUGUGGUGGGCGGCAAUGUGCUCACCUCGCAGCGCAUCACGGACGUCAUCUUCAAGGCCUUCCAGGCCGCCGCCGCCUCGCAGGGGUGCUGCAACAAUCUCACCUUCGGGUUCGGCGGCAACGUCGCGGGCGAGAAGGAGGUCAAGGGCUUUGGAUACUACGAGACCAUUGCCGGCGGCUCGGGUGCCGGUCCGACCUGGGAGGGAACGGAUGGUGUGCACGUGCAUAUGACGAACACGCGGAUUACGGACUCGGAGAUUUUCGAGCGCCGUUACCCCGUUUUGCUGCGCGAGUUUUCCAUCCGGAAGGGGUCGGGAGGAAAGGGGAAGCACCGCGGCGGUGACGGCGUGGUGCGGGAUAUCGAGUUCCGACUUCCGCUGCAGGUGAGCAUCCUUUCGGAGAGAAGAGUGUACAGACCGUAUGGUCUGGCGGGCGGCGAGGAUGCGCAGUGCGGGUUGAAUCUGUGGGUGAGGAAGGUGAAGAAGGCGAGGUGGGAGGAUACGUUGCGCAAGAUCCAGAAUGGGGAGCAGGAUCAGGAGGAGGUGGUGGGGGAUGAGGCCGAGGGUUAUGAAGAGAGAGUGAUUAACUUGGGAGCUAAGAAUAGCGCCCCGAUGAUUGCUGGGGAUAGAAUCAUUAUUUGCACGCCUGGUGGUGGUGGAUGGGGAAAGAGUGGUGAGGAGAGGGAGGUGGAUGAGACGCGGGACCCGAUGGGCACGUGGAAGAUGGGAAGUCAUGGGGCGAGGAUGGAUUUGGCGCUGCAGGCUUGA